CGAAAAGAGAAGACUAAUCGUCAGAGGCAACCAUGAUGCAAUUCCUGUCCAAUCCCAAAUGGCUGACCACGCUGGCGUCCUGGGCUGUGCUAGGCAUGCUCUACUGGGUGAUCUUCCUCGUGUAUGAUGCGCGUCGAGGACCGUAUCAACCAUCCUUUCUCUCCUCGCUCAAGCUCUUCGGGCACAUGAUUCCGACAAUGCUUCUCUUCGCUACAGUAAAGGUUGUCGAGCAUCACAACGACAAUAUUCUCGUAUGGUUCAUCGCACUCGUAGCUUUCCGAUACUGGCGCACAGUAGUCAACAUCUGGUUCUGGUUUCAGUACCAGCCGGCUCUACCAAAUCUUGACCUCAAGCUCAGCCACGCAGAUUGUACCGUCAUUCUGCCUACUGUUGGACCAGAAGGUAAUCCAGCAUUCGCUGAAACGGUAAGUGCAAUUCUCUUCAACCGCCCAUCGCGCCUCAUUUUCGCGACAAACUCCGAGGAUGCCGCAAAGCAGGUCGAGGCGGCUCUUCCUCCGAUCCUGAGUGCCCUCGAAACAGGCAAGUCAGACUAUCAGCGGGAGUGGCGUUUAAAAGCCACCGAAGUAUCAACCGAUAUAGCCGUGACAAAUGCGAAGGUGUCCAACAAGCGCCGUCAAGUCGUCAACGCCUUCGACAUGGUCGAAACUGCCAUCACCAUCAUGGUUGACGACACUGCAGUCUGGCACCCCCAAUUCCUCGAGGGCACCCUUCCAGCGUUCGGAUCUGACAAGGUAGGCUUUGUAGGAACCAGCAAAUGGGUGAAGCGGCUUCCCCGCGUCGGGGACCCCAACGCGACCUGGCUGCGCAACCUCUGGAAGAAGUACUGGUCCGGCUUCUGGAACACAAUGGGUGCUCUGUACCUGAUCCGGCACAACUUCGAGAUCCGCGCCACCAACGCCGCAGACGGUGGCGUGUUCUGCGUCUCCGGCCGCACGAGCCUGAUUCGCACAUGUAUCGUCGCAGACUAUGGCUUCCAGUACGCGUUCUUGAACGAGUUCGUGCUGCGUCUUGGUGAGCGCUUCCGCGGCUUCGGUCCCAUUGUAGCAGAUGACGAUAACUUCCUGACCCGUUGGAUUAUCAAUCACGGCUGGGACGUGAAGAUCCAGUGCUCCAAAGAGGCCACUAUCACAACGCCGCUAGGGAAAUAUCCGAAGUUCGUACAGCAGUGCCAGCGCUGGAGCCGCACGACAUUCCGACAAAACCCGAUUGCGUUGUUUGCAGAUCGGACGAUUUGGUGGAAAUGGCCGCUUACAGUGUGGACGACGUAUUUCCCGUGGAUGUACAAUGCGGCUUUGUUCUGGGAUGUGUUAAUGGUGUAUGCGCUGAUGCACACGAACCUGUACCAGAACUCUGAGCAUCGUAUAGCGCUGCUGUACGGAUUCGCAGGCUUCAUUUAUUCAACGAAGCUAGUGAAAACGGCGCCAUGGUUCUGGCAGCACCCGGGGGACUUCUUCCUGUAUUUCUUCCCGAUCCCGGCAUAUCCGCUGUUUGCAUAUUACCACUCCUUGCUGAAGAUUUGGACGGCGCUCACGUUUUGGGACUUGAGCUGGUCUGGUCGGAAGCUUUGA